UUUACAGACACACGUGAGACUGCAUUCACUCACAGUAUUACGUCAGCGGGUGCUACCUAUGUUUUGACACGUGACUGUCGACUGGGAAAGUUCCAAGACUGCGCAUGUAUCAAUAAUAAAAAGAUCAAAACAAAGGAUAAUAAGUACUGGUGGGGYGGCUGUAGCGAGAAUAUCAAGUUUGGUGAGGUGAUGGCAAARCAUUUCUUGGAGGCCAUCGAAAUUAAAGAUGCACCUACAGAAAGAAUUAAACUGAUUUCACAUAAUAACGAUGUUGGACGAAAGGCUGUUCGAGUGAACCUAAGAAAGCAAUGCCGUUGCCAUGGUAUCACAGGCACGUGUUCUACCAAAACAUGCUGGCGACGACUUCCAUCGUUCAACGAAAUCGGCAAAUACUUACACGAAAAGUAUAAAAAAGCCAAGAAAGUUCGUUAUAUAAAAAGACUAUUCAAAACAAAGGGACCCAAAGGAUUAAAGUCGAUUUURCGAAAAGAGCAAACUCUUAUCUAUACUGAUUCGUCCCCAGACUACUGCCAACGCAACGCCUCUGUCGCCGCCGAUGGAGUACUAGGUCGAGAAUGUCAAGGAUCUGACAAGAAUUUGGAAAGAUGCCGCAAAAUUUGCAAUUCUUGUGGACUUAAAGCGGUGGAUUACAAGGARAUUCAAAAUUUUAAUUGUCACUGCAAGUUCCAGUGGUGUUGCAAAGUCAAAUGUGGSUUGUGCAAAAAAUCUGUUUGCAAAACAAAAUGUGUYGUAUCGAAUAGCGCGAAAAUCAAAUUGUAACGACUUAUCGAUAACAUUCSACUAGUGAUCUCGACAUCGACAAGCCAGCGGACGCCUAAUCGCCAAKUAACGAUAUGUAUAAUAUCGAAAUGCGCAGACUUCAGUAUGACAAUUUAUCGAUGGAUCAGAUAAAAGUGACCKUGGAGACAUUGCCAAACUAUCGGAAAUGCAUCGACAAGUAAUCGUACAAGCGUCGGAAAUAUAUCUCGGACUUGAAUCGACACAAAAUCGAGAUUCUCGAAAGUCAUUAACUGAAAUGCAAGAAAUGUGAGCUUUACGUCAUAGUGAAGCAGGUUAAACGCGCAAGAAAUCAUAGAGAAAAAGAUGUAUAUUGUAGUCACUAAGCUAAAUAUCGCAGCAAGGAUUAAACGUAAAUGACCACGUAAAUAAAAAAGAAAGAAACCGAACAAAAAAGUAACCAUAAUACCUCGCCCUGUAUUUUUUCUUUUAAGACAUGUUUUCACUUAAGGACGAGAGUAUGUACUGAAGCAAAUAAGAAGCAAAAGUCCUAAUAAUUGAAGUGACGACACAAGCAGCACACGACUGCUUCAUGUAUUUAGUUUUGGCGCGCUGUCAAUAGACAAUGUGCAACGACGCCCCUUGGUUAACAAAGCAUGAGGCAAAGAUGUACAACAACGCCGUUUUGCUCAACAAAGCAUCAUGUAAAGAUAUGUUUUCGUAACACUUUUGUAUUCUUGCUAACAAAURUCCGUUUUUGCGUAUCCUUCGAGGAAGAUAAAGAUCGUACUAUUUGGCUUUCUAAAAAAAAGAAGUACAUUGAAGGAUUAUUUUGCUGGAGAUUUAAAAGGAUAUAAAUUGAAUUAACAUACGCUAGGACUAAUGUUGGACAGACAUUCUUUGCAUAGGAAAAUGGUGUCUUUGAACAUUGCCUAUUGGCCCACGCUGUAGAUAUUAGAUUAUGCGCAGAUCUUCGCAAUAAUCGCUGUAUAUGCAGGAAUUCCUGGAAAAGAUCAGUCAAGCCAUAGUGCCAAUGUAAUCGCCUCCAUCGUCCAAAACGCGUUUUGCAUUCUUSAAAUUUCCUCUUCAAAAUGUAAAACGUAUUUUAGGACGAUUAGGGUGAUUUUAUAAACGCAAGGCCUAAAGAAGGACCAAAGCAUGUAUCUUUAUGUAGUAAUGUCGUAGCGGACUUCUUGUCAGAUAGACUAACGCAUCGGUCUGCAUGCCUUCAGUCUUCUUAUGCCUUAGGUUUCCACCAGUCUCCUCACGACGUCUGAUAUCACAGRAACUCCAGACGUGACAACCCCCAGUGAAGUAAAACUAAGUUUUCGAGGUGUUUAUAAUUAUCGCAUUGUUUCUAUUUUAAUAAAUGUUUUUUGGUGUA